AUGCCCGAUUCCGCCUCCCCCGCCGCCGCCAAGCCCGAUCCGGAGAUGCCGCCCCGGAGAUCCCUCGCCGGCGGCGGAGGAAAGCUCAAGAAGCCGCUCACCGGCAAGCUCCGCGCCGCCGCCGAGGAGCGCCUCACCCAGCUCCGCGCCAAGUUCCGCCUGCACCCGCCGGCGGCCCCGCCGGCCUCCCUCGCCGCCCACGAGGCCGCGCUCCGCUCCGUCGGCCUCCUCGAUUUCGCGCGGCUGGACCUCCAGUCCGAGCCCGCGCGCCCCGACCUCGUCUCCCAGCUCGUCGCCUACUACGACCCGGCCCAGCACCGCAGCUUCGUCUGGGACACCCGCCUCGCCGUCUCCCGCACCGACUUCGCGCGCGCGCUCUCCCUCCCGCCCAGGCCCGCCCCCGCGGCCUCCCCGCCCAACGACGUCGACCCCGCCGCGCUGGUCUCCGCCGUCCUGGAGUUCAUGCGCGUCUACGUCCUCCCCGCGUUCACCGGCGCCGACAUGUGCGUGUUGCCGCCGGAGGUGGCCGCCGCGGAACAGGCGGUCAAGGACGAGUCCGCGCAUAGGGUUGACUGGGCCGGCCUGAUCUGGGGCCUCGUCGAGAAGGAGAUCCUCGAGCUGCCCAAGAGGGAUGACGGGGUGUGCUACUUCGGGCCGUAUCUCCAGAGGCUCAUCUUGGCGCAGAAGCCGGAUCUGUUGAAGCCGCUGGAGGAUGAAGAGAAAAGGGAGGCUGCCCUGGAGGUGGUGUCUUUAGAGGACGACGAUGAUGAUGGCGAUGUGGCCAAGAGCUCGGAUGAUCUGGAGCCGAGGGAUGCGAAUGCUGAUGUGACAAGCAAUCCUGUGGAAGAAGCAUCAGAGAUGGAUGUUGCACCUGUGAGGAGCAAUAUCUUGGACGAGUCGGAGCCCGGGGAUGCAGAUGGUGACACAAAGAGCAAGAUCUUGGAGGAACCAGAGAUAAAGGGUGCGUCUUCGAGGAUCAAUGACUUGGAGGCGUUGAAGCCAGGGGAUGCAGAUGCUGAAAUGAGUAGCAAGGAAAUCUUGGAGGAAUCAAAGAUAGAGAGUGCACACAAUAACUUGGAUGAGCUGGAGGCGGGGGAUGCAGAUGCUGACAUGACUAGCAAGGAAAUCUUGGAGGAAUCAAAGAUUAAUCUUGAUGAGUUGGAGGCAGGGGAUGUAGAUGAUGAUCUGAGGAGCAAGACCUUGGGUGAAACAGAGGCAGAUGGUGCGCAUUUGAGGAGCAGUAACUUGGACGAGCAGCUGGAGUCGGGGGAUGCAGAUGCUGAGACGAGGACCAAGAAUAUCUUGGAGGAAUCAGAGAUAGAGGGUGCACAACCUUUGAAGAGCAAUAACUUGGAUGAGCUGGAGUCUGGGUAUGUAGAUGCUGACAUGAAGGAAACCAUGGAGGAAUCAAAGAUAGAGCUUUUGAGUAGCAAGAACUUGGAUGACUUGGAUUCAGGGGAUGUAGAUGUUGAUACAAGGAGCAAAACCUUGGAGGAAUCAGAGACAGAGGGUGCGCGUUUGAUGAGCAGUAACGUGGACGAGUUGGAGUCUGAGGAUGUGGAUCUGAGGAGCAAGAACAUGGAUGAUUUAGAGUCGGGGGAUGUGGAUGCUAAUGCAAGGAGCAAGAUAUCAGAGGCAUCGAUGGUGGUGGAUGAUGAUGCAAAUGACAUGAACUUGGAUGAACCAAAUGUGGGGGAUGAAUUGGGUCUGGAUUUUGUUGCACCGGAACCACUAGCUGUUAUUCAUGAAGCGAGGACUUCAAAUGACGAGGUUCCAGGAAAGAAGUUAUGCGAGGGAGAUGAAGGUGUAUCAGUGAGUCCAGCACAGGAGGAUGGAAGUCCAGAGAUGGUGUCUAUGACACAGGAGGAAGUGCUAGCAGUGGCGGAGGAGGAUGUGGAGGAAGAAUGUGAAGAAGAGAGAGGCACAGCAGGGUGGAUCAGCUCUGCCAAUGACGAUGACAGUAUGGAUGCUGAAGAGAAUGCAUUUGUGCAAAAUCUGGAUGAGAGCGAUAAUGAGGAGGGAGAGGAGUCAGAGCAGGAUGGAUUUGAGGGGUAUAGGGGUGGGAUGGAGAUGGGUUGGAGGAUGGAGGAUGAGAAUGGGGGUGAGGGUGCAACAAAUUCCUUUCCGGGGAUGCAGUUCGAGAACUUGAAUAAAGGGAACGGAAUGAGGGAUGUCAUGAGCUUUGAUGAUGGAUUCUCUGAAAAAUUGGGAUCCUUGCAUGGGAUGGGAUCAACGAACCUCCUUCAGGCAAUGAAUUCGAUUCCCACGGAAUACAAUUGUACGGAGAACGUACAUGAUCUUCCCUCUGGAGAAUUCUUGGCUAUGGGAGCUGAUGCACAUAAGAAUGGAGUGGACCUGGGGACUGGGAGUUCAUUUUUAUUUGGAAAUAAUGGGAAAAGGCACAUUGGGGAUAUUGACGGGUACAAUGACCAGAUGGAAGCACAGCAGCAGUUUCUGCAGGGCAAUCAACAAAAACGUGCUCGGAACUGCAACAAUAGUGUAUCAUCUGGAUCAGCAUUCUUUAAUGCAAAUAUUUCAGAUCCAAUACAUACCUUGUUGUUGAAGGCCAGCAUCUCCUAUGAACAGAAGGAUAGAGAUAUUCAAGAAGCGCUGUCACAGAAACAAUAUAUGGCCAACUUGCUGCAGGAGAAGGACACAAUUAUUCAGACGUUAAACGCAGCCAGGUUUGAGCAAGAGAAUAAGUAUCAAGCAAAGCUUAGGUACUUUGAGCAUGAUCUGAAUGUGAUGGGCCAGUUGGUCAGUGGCUAUAAGAAGGCUUUGAAACAGAGUCAGGCCUCUUUCAGUGAGUACAGAAAGAAGUUCCCUUCGAACAAGUUCCGUUAUCAUGAUGUUCCUAAUAGUGGAGGCCUUGUUGUUAGCGUCAAUGAGUUGGAGAGGAAACGGCAGGAGGAAGAGCAGCAGAAACUUGCUGCAGCAAAUGAGAUGAUUGAAAAUUUCCAGCAUCAAUGGUUUUCAAAGGCUGAAGAUUGGACAAACCAAAUCGUCUCUUUGGGCAGCAACAUAGAAGAGCUGGCUAGGGAGAUUGAUCUUCUAAAGGAAAAAAGAGAAGCGAAGUUUGCAACAGUGGCUACAGAAGAAUUAGUUCUCUGAUAGUUAGAGGUUGUAAUGUGAAGAUGGGACUCUUGGAUGGUGCGCUCCAAUUCAUUCGAUGCCUUGCAUCAACGGCAGCCGCGAAUCAGCAGCUGUAGCUACAUUGUUGUGCAUUUGUAGACUGUAGCGAAGACUUCAUUAUUCCAGCUGGAACUUAAAUGUAUCGUUGUCGAAGGACAUUUUAAUGACUAGUACUAGUGCUAUAUUAGAGGGCCUUUUGGUUCAGUUAAUUGGCUCAAUUCCUGCAUAUGGACUAUGGUACUAGCUGUUGCUAGGUGGGCCUUGAGAUGAAGCAAACCUCUCGAAGCUGAUGACAACUUCAAGUCAUAAACUGCAGACAAAAAUAUUUCUCUUCAUGUGAGGAAGACGAAGUAGGGGAUUCAGUCCAGGUGAUUAUCAAAUUAAGAUGAGAUGUAAGUUCCAAUAUUCACAGGAAGUUCCUAUUUAACAAACAAACCAACCAAGCAUUUUCAUUGCAGGUAAUGCAGCUGUGCUCUAAUUGAGGAACUUAGAGUUAAGUUCU